UGCGCAAUUGUCACAUUUAAUACAUUUGCAGAGCGCGCGAGUGAAUUCAUUAUUACACCAUAUGUUAAUGCAGCUGGAGCUGUGUGUUUGUCAGGCUACAUGCAUGAGUGUGUGUGUUGUGGAGGAGGGAGGAAGGCGGGGGAUGGGGAGGGACCCUCCUCUGCCUCGCUCUCCUUCAGCGCCUUGAAGUGUAACCAACAACUGCUGUCCCGGAGUCGGUGGUGCAGCCGGAUGCGCGGACGGACACGCACUCCGGCUGGAGCGCAUUGUUCUCCACGCAGCCUGAUCCACGCACGGCGCUCCGGAGAGAGGAUGGGUGGUUGCUGGAAACUUGAUCGCUUCAUAGCGGGGAGCGAAGCGCUGUCAACAAGCCAGGAACUAUCCACACACAAAGACUGAACCUCUCCAGAUCAAUUAUUUUGAUGCCAGCAGCGGUUCCUUUAGCAGAAAGAAAGGAGAAAGGAGCGUUUACGCGCGCAGACAGCAGCCAGGAGGAGCGGAGCACAGCACAUGGAUCCAGCCGCUGUCUGCAGGGAUGGACUGCUGAUUGAUGAGAGACAUUCGCGGUGCACACAAACAGUGUAAGAUCACAGAUGGAUCCACUGUGCAAUGAAAUCAAGAAAGCAGAGGGAGGUGAUCUAGACCCUGGACCCCGUCCAAACAAGCUGGCUCGACUGGAUCAACACGAGAUGGGACCCUCCACCCCAGAGUGGAGCAGGCAGGGCAGCCCUGUGACCAAACCCCCCAGCGUGGCUCAAAAGGCUACCACAUCAAGGUCGUCGGGCAAAAACACGCACACCAAAGGAAGCCUGCUGCCUGUGUUCUGUGUGGUAGAACACAAGGAAAGUCUUUUGGAGGUUGAGAAAAAGGAAGAACAUGCAGAGUUUGUGUUGGUCAAAAGAGACCUACUAUUCAAUCAGCUAAUUGAGAUGGCCUUACUGACGCUGGGAUAUUCUCACAGCUCUGCAGCACAGGCUAAAGGUCUGAUCCAGGUUGGCAGGUGGAACCCAGUACCUCUGUCCUGUGUAACGGAUGCUCCGGACGCUACAGUGGCAGACAUGCUUCAGGAUGUUCACCAUGUUAUCACCCUGAAAAUACAGCUGCACAGCUGCCCUAAACUGGAGGACCUGCCGCCUGAGCAGUGGAGUCACUCCACAGUGAGGAACGCUCUGAAGGAGCUCCUGAAGGAAAUGAACCAGAGCUCCCUGGCCAAGGAGUGCCCACUGUCGCAGAGCAUGAUAUCAUCAAUUGUAAAUAGCACUUACUAUGCAAACGUCUCUGCCGCCAAGUGUCACGAGUUCGGUCGAUGGUACAAGCACUUCAAGAAGUCCAAAUACUUCAAGGAGAUUGACAGUUUUUCAGAGCAGUCCGCACACCUCACGCUAACGCCGCAGCCAGUCACAGGUACCCCGGCUGAUCAGACCUCUCUGCUUUUCCCUCGUGGAGCAAUGACAAACAUUUGUGGUCAUUCCGGCCUGGCUCUGCACCCUCCUGGGUUGGUGGCUCAGCCUCUCAGUCCCCAAAUGGCCAAGCAGCAGCUGGUGAUGGCGCAGUAUCUCAACCAGCAGUUCGCCGUGAGCCGCAUGCUCGCUGGCCAGGGGCUCCCGUCCGCACCGCAGCAGUAUCUCAACCACCCCCCUGUGGGAAGGACGCCUGCCAAAGUGUUUUCUAAAGCCCCCGAUUCCCAAGCCUCACAGCCGCCACAGUGUGGCCUUGGAGGAGGUUCAUCAACGGGGCUGCAAAGUCAGACACCAACUGGGUCUUCUGUCGGCUCAGUGGACGUACCGGCUGACAUCUACCAGUGUGUGAGGGAGGAGCUGAAGCGAGCGGGCAUCUCUCAAGCCAUUUUUGCCCGAGUAGCUUUUAACAGGACUCAGGGGCUGCUGUCUGAGAUCUUGCGAAAAGAGGAGGAUCCAAAACACGCCUCCCAGUCUCUGCUGGUCAACCUGCGCUCCAUGAACAGCUUUCUGCAGCUCCCAGAGGCUGAGAGGGAGCGCAUAUACCAGGAGGAAAAGGAGCGGAGUUUGACUGGAUAUACACCCAGCUGCAAUAACACGCCCCCCCUGUCCACGCAGGCUAGGCUUUCCCCGGUUACAUCUGAGAGAGGGUUCAGGACAGACAGCUGUGUUCUCCACGUCAGCGGCUCCAUCUACGAGGAGAUUCAGCAUGAAAUGAAGAGAGCCAAGGUGUCGCAGGCCUUGUUCGCAAAGGUUGCUGCUUCCAAGAGUCAGGGCUGGCUGUGUGAGCUUCUCCGCUGGAAAGAGGACCCCUGUCCAGAAAACCGCACUUUAUGGGAGAACCUGUGCAUGAUUCGCCGAUUUCUCUGCCUACCCCAGACCGAAAGGGAUGCUAUUUAUGAGCAAGAGAGCAACAACAUGACUGCGCAGCAGCAUUGCACUGACAAACUCGCACUACUCAACAAUGACAACACACUGUACCAGCGCAACUCCCUGAUGCCACAGCAACACCACCUCCAACCCCUGCAACCCCUUCAGCCAGAGGCAGCACCUCACCUGUCUCCACGGCAACCGUGUGCCGCAUCACCGGCUGAGUCGGAGGCAGGGGCCACCUGGGGGCACUUCAGAGUACGCCUGCAGCGCCGAAGCAGUUGCAGUGUUGAAAGAGGGGAUACCAAAGACUGGAUGGAGGGGUCUCCGAAAGAUAUUGAGAGCCUGGGUGGGGACUGGGGCGGCAUUGGAACGGUGAGAGAGAAGGUAGGUGCGCAGUGGGGUGAUGUAAAUGUGAAAGAAGACGCCAGUGAGAUCACGGAAGACAGGAAAAACGGAAAUAUUAAGGAAAAACUGUACGCAAAACUCACCAGAAUGAAGAGUGAAGACAAGGGCGAAGUUGUCGGUUGUUCCAAAACGCACUGCAAGGAUGUGGUCCAACUAGAUGCGCUCAACGUGUCUAGUGAUGCCCUUGUAAUCCUGCAGAGCUUCAUCCAAGAUGUGGGCCUCAAUCCAGAUGAGGAGGCAGUUCACACCCUCGCCGCACAGCUGGGCCUGCCCAAACACACCAUCCUCAACUUCUUCAACAGCCAGGACCAAGGACAACAUUACUACCACAGGCCGGCAUGUGCACAAGAAGAGCAGAAAGGCUGUACUCAAGCUGACCUCUCACAUGCUGACUUGCCUACUCCUGAACUGCCAGAGAAAAGUGAUGGAAGCACACCGAAGCAAAACGGUGGUGUCAGCGAAUCAGACGUCGGCACUCAGACUGUUCCCCAAAUGAAAGAAGAGCAGGACAGUGGCUUCUGAUUCUCAGAAACGUUUUGACAUUGACACUCUUCUUCACACCGUCUGAAUGCAAUUCAAACCUAAUCCUUUAGUAGAGAUUCACUGUGCUUUUGUAAAAAUAUGGUGACAAGCAUGCGUUACCCUCAAUCUUUUAACAGCAGAGUUAGCUAAUUUUCAUAAAUGAAAACCAGAGAAUGUCAAAAGGUGUGCAGACUUCCUCCACUCACCCUUGCAUUGCUGAUGUUAUGUUCCAACAAAAUUCAUCCAUUUUCUUAGCUCACUAAGUCCCUCUUGGGGGUUGCUGGAGCCUGUCCUGGCUACUAUUGGUACAUACUGAACAGUCAAAUUCAUACUCCAAUCAAAGGAUUUUCCAGAGUAUUCCGCAUAAAAGGUGUAUUAAUCUCAGUGUUUAAAUUGGGGUAUUCUGAUAAAUGAAAUGUUAAGGAUUACAUAGUAGUGUCCAUCUAUAACAGGGGUCUCAAACUCAAUUGACCUUGGGGCCACUGAAGACAGAGCCUGGCUGUGGCUGGGUUGUAUGGGGUUCCAUUUGUGCCAAAAAAAAUACGUUUUUGGGUCCACUGUUUAUGUCUUUGGUCCAUUGUCUGUGUCUACUGAACAAGUUUAUGGAACAUUUGUUCAUGUCUAUGUACCACUAAGCAAUAUCUUCUGUGUGUUCUGUGAAACGAUGCUAACGGCGCUAGCAACUGUUGCUAAAGACUUUUCUGAUGACGAGAUUCAACGAUAACAGCAAAUGCAACGUUUUAAGCUGAAACAUCACAAAGCAAAUACAAAGCUAUCAUCAAAGAAGCGUGGACACACAGAAGAUAUUGAUUAGUUGACAUUGAACUUUCAUAUUAACGUGGGGCUUCAAAAUAUCAACUUGAGGGCCGCAAAUGGCCCACGGGCCGCCAUUGUGAGACCCCUGAUCUUUACUGAUGGCUGGAAUUCAUGUUAGCAUCUUUGAGGUUUUGUUAGCAAGUGUAGUCCCAAGCAACAGUAUUUUUCACCAUCAGGAACUUACUAAAAGGCAGGAAGCAGAUUUCUGAACAUAAACUCAAAUUUAAAAACCUGAACACGUCAGAGAUCAAAAACUGAACUCAAGUGUGACAAAGCAAAAGGCUGAACCAUGAUAAAUAGGAGGAAGAAGACAAGAGGAUCAAACAAAGACGAAUUUGCAAGCCGAAUAGACUGAGCGGUCAUUACCUAGAAAGCAGCUUUGAUGAUUGAAAACUGUAAGAUACACUAUGUCUGAAUUCCUCCCUGACUCACUAUAUAGUGAUGGAUGUGGGGAAGCACAUGAACAGAAAAAUACUCUAUUGAACAUGAACUGAACACUUGACCAAAAUAACCUGAAAUACCAGAACAAAGGAAAAGUAAACUGAGUAAGUACUGCCCUUGGCAAAAAGUAGCACACUUGAAGUUUAUUGUUUUAUAAGUAAACUUGAGUAUAACUAUAGCAAGUAUACUAUAGUCCAGGGGUGUCAAACUCAUUUUGGUACAGGGGGCCACAAACAACCCAACUGAUCUCAAUCAGUAACAUAAUAGCAAAACAACCUAUGGUCUACUUGUUAUCUGUAGCUUUGUAGCUCUAACAACCUAGUAGCCUAAUCACCUAUUAUUAUCAUUAUUAGAGCUAUUAUUAUUAUUAUCUUCUUGACAACAACAUUUUGGUAAUUGUGGUGUCACACCUAAGGUGAGGUGAGAGAACCUAACUCCAUUUUACCCAGACGUGGCAUGCGCUUGCGAAUAAAAAUCUUGUUUAUUUCUUGAUCUCUUGUUACGCCUGUGUUUUUCUCCUUUGCUUCCCCUAGUGGUGGAAUUGCGCAUUACGGCAAUUUCUUAAGAUAAACUUAACUCGCCACAGGAAUGGGCUAGAAACUUGCUUUUUUCCCCCCAACAUCCUUAUAUUUUUUCUCUUUGUUACUGGGCCGAAUUAAACCAUCUGGCGGGCCGGAUGCUGCCCCAGGGCCAUAUGUGGCCCUCAGGCCGCAUGUUUGACACCCCUGCUAUAGCCCAUGUGUGUCUAUUGCGCAAAGUAUACGAACUCAAUACUUCUUCAGACUAAAUUGGAACAUUUUAUGUUAACGAUAUAUUGAUAGUACAUAAAAAAGUAAACUUCAAGUAUACGGCUUACUUUUAGUAAAGUGAGGGAGUAUACUUAAAUAGACUACUUUUUUCUAAGGGUGAUUCUCACACCCAGGUGCGGUGCCUUUUUGAAAGUGGCUGUAGUGUUAUGUAUUUAUUAAAAAAAAUAAAACUCUUCCUUGAUUAAAUGCACUUAACAAAAUCAGCUGUGAUAAAGACUACAUUUGUUAUUGUAUAGUUCCUAUAGGUACAUGUGUCAAGUAGUGGGAACCAAUACAAUCAGCCUCAGAUUAAUUGGCAUUUUUUUAUGAGUGAAUUUCUUCAGUAAGUUUUUGAAAAUGCCAGAAAUGCCUUGUAAGAAUAUGCCCCUUGUUAAUGUUUUUCUGUUGUGACUUUUACGUUUUUUUUCUCUGCUUUUACUGUGUUUGUCAUGAUAUCUACUGAGACUACUGCCAUUUAUAGAGGUGAACUUUUGAACGUGUGUACGUGUAAAAAAUAAAGCAAGAAAUCGAGGGUUGUGCUGUAUUUGAAAAAAAAACGAAAUGAAAGAAAGACAAAAUAUGAAGUCAAUCAAAUGCUCCUGUUUCCCCAAGUUUGUUCCAAAUAAAUAUGUUUUAUUGAGCUUAAUGAAGAUCAUUUCAUCUGUGUUAUACAUCAAGUGGUUUUACCCAUGCAUGCAAAUGUACAUUUUUAAUACAAGUGAAGUUAGUUAAAAAUAUAUAUCCUUUGAAUGUUUAUUUAACGAAUUUAUUCUUGAUUUUUUUUUUUUCAAAUUUUUAACAAAAUAAAAGUUGUAGAUAGGAUUUUCUCUUUUCUUAGUGCAAGGGAUCUUUUUUUGUUUUUUUAAAAUCAGCCUCAGUUGGACAGAGAAAUUAAACUGAUAAUUAGUAAUGGUUGCCAAGAAGUUCAUGUCAUGAGGGGCUAACAUAGCUAGAAGGCCAAAAAGUUCACGCACAAAAAAAAAAAAAUGACAGUUUAGAACUGGGAAAGCUAAAGUAGAUCCCAUCUUGAUUUUGGAUUUACUUCAAAAACAUGUAUUAAUAGUUUAAAGUACUAAUUAAUGUUAAUCUAUGUGACCUAGAAAGGAGAACAGAGUCAAAACCAACAUUUGUUAGGCUACUAUUUUAAACUGGUACACAAAAAAGCUGUACUAAUUGGAUUAGACAGUCUUUGUCUGUGUUUUAGGUCUGAGGAGUCUCUCUUAUAGUACAUGACUGGGUGAAUUAGUGUCAGUAAAACAAUGGUCCAUUGUUUUGAUCAGCAGUGGAUCUGUUUCUUUCCGAUCACAUGUCUCUUACCGCUGCCAGUGUUGUCUGUCUUUCACCUCUUAAAUGCUUUUCUUUCAUUAACUUCAACUGUUUUUUGUCUCUUCAGUUUCUUCAUCUGACUCGUAUAUGUCUCUCCUCCAGACUUUUUAUUUUACAGCUACCUUUCUAUAAAGAGAGCAACCCAUUCUGGUCAGAAUAGCUUCACAGAGGAGUUCAAUAAAGCUGUGCUCUUUACUGUCAUCUGUUUCCAUGACAAUGCUUUAGUCAGGGCCAAGAAGGGGCCAUGAAAGCCUCAUCAUCAGUAAUAUUACCUAUAAUAAUGAUGAUAAUGGCCCUCUUGAAAUGCCGUGCCUGUGAUAAUGAUGGUAAUAGCGAUGGUGGUCAUUAUUCCUGCUUUGUGUUAACCCCCAAACACCAGACACACUUGUACACAACAACACUAAUGCCAACAUUUGAAUCGGUCAUGUUAUCUAAUGUCUCCAUCAGUGUAUACUUUCCCAAGGAUGUCUGCUUUAAGAGCGUUUUGCUGUCUGAGUGUCUGUGGGUGAAAUGUUGUGAUACAGCUGUUUGUUAAAGGCCUGCUCAGAUCAUCUUGACUUGUCUGAUCUCAGAAAUUGCUGUAAUUAAGUCACCAUAAAACGGUUUCAAUCAG